GAAUUGUCUAUAGCAGACUUUGACCAUAAUCAUGGCUCUGGAAAACAUAAGCGGAAUGGAUAAGAAUGCGUUUAUGAGGAAAUAUGGAUCUCUUAACUCUGAGCAGACAAUUAAACAAAUCCGACUGGCGUGGAGUAACAUGGAUGAUCCUUUUGCAAUAAUGGCCCCACCAUUUGAGAGACCGCGGGAAAGACUGGAUGAACUAACAGCCCAGAGUAAUGUGCGGAUGGACUUUAAUCAUGGAACCACCACGGUGGGUUUCGUCUAUAAAGGUGGUAUUAUUCUUUGUGUGGACUCUAGAGCAACGGCGGGAAAUUUCAUCGGAUCCCAGAGUAUGCAGAAGGUCGUCCAGGUGAACCAGUAUAUACUGAGUACAAUGGCAGGAGGAGCAGCGGAUUGCACUUACUGGGAUCGUGUUUUGGCCAGGGAGUGCCGUCUUCACGAACUGCGCUAUAAGGAGCGCCUAUCUGUUCGAUCUGCUGCCAGAUUUAUUUGCAAUGUGGCAGCCGAUUAUAAGGGAAUGGGUCUCUGCAUGGGAAUGAUGCUCGCAGGUUGGUCACCCGAAGGACCCAGUUUGGUUUAUGUGGAUUCCGAUGCGUUGCGCAUUCAUGGAAAAGUCUUUGCCGUAGGCAGUGGAGCUUCGAAUGCCUUGGGAAUAUUGGAUACUGACUACAACUAUAAUCUGAGUGAUAAUGAGGCCUUCGAUCUGGCCUUUCGCGCAGUGUAUCAUGCCACUAUGAGAGAUGUUUUUUCAGGCGGAUUGGUGAGACUGUAUCAUAUGGAUAAAAGUUGUUGGAAAAAUGUGGCCAACAAAGAUUGCCAAGAGUUGCACGAAGAAGUACUCGAUAAAUGGGAAUAAUCAUUGAGUUCUGCAUGUUCUGUAUGUAAGCUUUAGGUUUCCUUUAAAUAAUUCUCCGUUAGCUAAUUAAUUUA